GUUGUUGUGAACCAAGUCAGUCGUCAGUCCACAGUCAGUCCAACUGCUACGAAUCCAACAAAGAAAUAUAACUAUCUUAUUAAUUAAUUAGCUAACUUAACUAUGAUUAACUAAAUUGACUAAAUAUUCCUCUCUCUCUCUCUCUCUGCUCGAGAUUCAUUUCGCUUCUUCGCUAAGGUUAAGCACUUAUCAUCAUCAUCAGCAGCACAUCACCCACGACAAGAUCCAGACCACCCACGGCGUAAAUAAUCAGUGAAAUAUUAUCAUCCCUUAUCAUCAGCAAGAUGUGACUUUUUUUCCCCAAAAGAAAAAAAAAUCUGGAUAAGUUUUAGAUAUCGCAGAAAAUAAAAAUUAUGAAAUGUCGUCGUCAAUAUUUGCUUGACAAUUUAUAAUCUUAUCUUGUUUUUCCUGCCGUGAAGGAAGAGAUAAGUAGUGCUUACUUUUAUAAUUGAUAAGUGGUUUAAACAGUUUAAAUUAAACUUGCUGAGUAAUAAUUAAGUGGGAUUAAGAAGAAGAAGAUAAGAAGGCGGAGAAAUUGAGGGAUAAGAAAGUCCAGUUUCUCGGGAGAGUUGCAAUUUGUCCGGAGAAGGAAGGAAGGAACGCUUGUCCUGUUCUUGUUCUUUUUGUGCCAUAGAAGUUGAAAUCUGGACAUCGGUCAAUACUAGCGAACUACUGCGUGUGCAAUAAAGACUCGUCACUAUCGAAAAUCGGUGCUGUUGGAAAAUAAGUUUCUACAAUCUCAAAGGACACUGGUCAUCACAUCACAGAAUCUAACGGAUCGUUCCCACCACCAUUUUAUUUGCUCCCUCGUUCACUGCCCCCUCCCCAGCGUGGAAAAGAACGAAGAGAUUAUAGAUUGUUCAUGGGGAAUUGCUUAUCCCAUUUCUGCUCAGCCAUGGGUAACUGCUUGAAAGGCUCUGCUUCCGAUGACGUGUCCCUGCUUCGAGGAGGUGAUGGAACUCGAGAAUCCCUCUCCAGCGAUCAGAUUCAUAGCUCAGAGAUUUUCCAUCAGCAGUUGUCUGAAUCGAACGUGCCUGAAUACUACCCCUCGCCAAACGUCCGCCGCCCCCUGAAUCAAUUGACGGAGGAGGAACAGAUAAAAAUUGCCAAGAGAAUGGGACUCAUACAACACUUGCCUUCCGGCGUUUUUGAUGAGUCUGCCAAACCCCGAGAAUGCGUCAUCUGUAUGAUUGACUUUGUUCCUGGGGACCGAGUCCGGUACAUGCCUUGCAUGCAUGUCUAUCAUGUCAAAUGCAUUGACGAUUGGCUGAUGCGAAGUUUUACGUGUCCAUCUUGCAUGGAGCCCGUCGACGUAGCCCUGUUUCUCACGUAUGAAACGAGCGGUCAUCGUUAGCAGAGGAGGGGAGAAUAAAUGACUACAAACGAAAAGCAACGCAGUUACGUCUAAUUAAUUUCAAACCGAACCCAUCCUCGCAUGGAGAACUGUCUCACAAGAAAGAAAGCACAAAAUUAUUCUUCCCUUCUUUUUACCUACCGGAAUUUUAGCCAAGAACAAGAACAAAAAUCGAAAAUUGUUUACUUAUUCUCCUCCUGAUCGUCCCCAACCAGCCAAAAAACAACCGAAACCUAUAUAGCAUACGUAAAUAAGGGGCACACCAGUCUUCUACCUACUUCUACUACUACUCUCCUCGCAUAAUAAUAUGUAACAAUAGUCAAAAAGUGUACUAAAUUGUCCUCGAAAUGUUUUUCUAUUUCAGCUCUUCUGAAAACGUCUCCCCCCGCACACACCUCGCCUCGAAUUGAUUUUAUUUUACUCCACCACUCAACCAACUCGAAACACACGUCCAGUCCAUCUCGAAAUUGGUAAAAUGAAACUUACUUAACGUACAUAGAGAUCAAAAAAGAAAUGAAAUGUAGUACUUGUCAUUAUUUGAAAUGUAAACUCUUAUCUUAUACAUAUAAUUUGCAUAAUCAUUACUAAAUUGUAACCUUAUCCUUACUUACUUAUCUUACGUAAUAGUACUUGUCAAAUUUUUGUUACGAGUAGUAAUCAAAAAGAAAUAGUGAGAAAAAAACUACAUAAAGUAAGAUGAAAAAAAACCACUCGCCAAUCUUAUCGGGCUCGAUCCUCCCCGAUAAUUAUGAUUAAACUUAUAAUUAUGCAUAUUUAAUUAUAACUACGACUCCAUUUUAUUAAGGAAUACGUUUUUCUUACCGUGAUCUGAUGAAACAAACUAGUUAUUGAAAUGUGUGAUGUUUUUUUAGGAUAAGGUUAACUUGAUAAGGACGUAUCAUUAAUUUUAAAUAAUUGCUUAUACAAUUCUUCUUAAGCUGGGUUUAUAUUUACUUCACUUCUUAUAUAGUAACUUGCGCCAAUGUUGUUGUACUUUAACUAUGGCGCAAGUUACCAAGUAUAAGCGCAGGUGAGAAUUGUGGUUAUUUUUUUAAAUUAGUUACUUACGCAGUAAUUUUUCUUGGAGGGUAUGCUUAUUUACCUUAUUUAAUUAAUAGACUUAUCUAAUUAAGUAAUAAUUUUACCUUGUAUGUCUUAUCAUCUGAAGGUAAAAAAUUGUUAUCAAGUAGUGUACCCAGUUUAUCGAGUAGGUGACGAUUCGUUAUCCAUCGUGGUAAUAAUAAUUGUUGAAUUGAUACGUGGUUACUUCCACCCGAAACACUGAUUCUGACCUAGGAAAUCGUUACCUACUUGGUUACAUACACUGCUCGGUAACAAUUUUAUUACCACGUUGUAUUUCUAUCCUUACUUACUUACAUAUUAUGUAACUUUUACUUUUACACCACAACUCUACGCAACUGUCUGCCUGCCAAACUCUCAGUCUGGCCAGGACUCGGCGUCGUAGUGUCGUCGUGGUGUUUGGGGAGUAAGACUUGUCGCAGUAUUUGUACAUUUCCGAACACGAGAGAGAGAUCACAUUAACUAAUGAAUAAGUAAGGAAAAAUUCGAGUAAAAAUAGGAACCAUUUUUAUACAAAAAUUCGCGAUAAUCGGCUUAAAAUUGCAUCAUUGUUGGCUUAUUAGCAAUUAAGUAAGUAAUUUUUAGCAAGUAAUUUACAUACAGAAGAGCAAAAUUAUAUAGGAUGAAAUGCCAACAGAGAUUUAUGUACAUCGUGAAAGUGAAAGUGAAAAGGGUUAAAGUAUUGAAAAAUUAAUGUGCAAAAAAUUCGCGAAUUUUUCAUACGUGCAAAAUUUCUAGGACUUUUUGGACAGUUAAUUCUGACAAGUGCAGACUUCUUUUUUGUAGAAAAAUUUGCCAAUUUUUGGCACAUCGAUGUCCGAUACGGUUUACGUAGUUUUUGCUUACAAGUGCAGACUCUUGGAGGUCUAUUUUGCAGAAAAAUGUGCCAAUUUUUGGCACAUUAAUUAUUUUCAAUGUGUAGUUUUUUGCUUUCCGUUUCUCCAUGAGUGAGCUUUUUGUGUUAAAUGUUACUGCUAAAAAUUACUAAAUAGUUAACUAAAUGUACUGACUACAUUCCAUGUUGCUGUUGUUCUUCUUAGCAAAGUAGUUAAUUAAUUAAUUAAUUAGUUAAUUAGUUGGCCAACAAUAUGUAAAUUAGAAGAUAUGUAUUCCAACGCGUUGUAAACUUUAGUACUUAACAAGAAAGAGGGAAAUUAUGUAUCUAAUUAAUUAAGUAAUUAAUUGAAGAGGAGAAAAUAUACAUACGUACUUUUUAUUCCUCCAAAGUCGCAUGGAGAGGGGGGAAGGGGGAGGAAAGAAGGAACAUGUAAUUUAAGUAUUGGACUGAUUGAAAUGUGUGCUUAUUAGUAGGCGGAGGAGUAAUUAAUUGUAAUUAAUUUAGGGGACGAUGACUAUGUAAAAUGGAGGUCUCGGAGCGUAU